AUGGCAGACAAGGAGCUCCAGACCAUAACGCAGCAGCUGCAGACGGCCCUGCGCAGCAACCCGGCGUCAGCGUCGCCGCUGCUGUCGCGCGCCAAGGUGACGCUGCUCAAGCUCAACGCGCUGAUGCCGUCGCCGUCGACGCCGCCCGCCCACCUGCUGGCCGCGCGCGAGAUCCUCGAGCUGGGCGCCCUGAUCAGCAUCAAGCAGCAGGACCCGGACGGCUUCACCCGCUACUUCCACACCCUGCAGCCCUUCUACCAGCUGCCCGAGCGCGUGCUGCCCCGCCGCGGCAGCAACGCCAGCAAGAUCACCGGCCUGUACCUGCUGCUGCUGCUGAGCCAGGGCGACUACGCCGGCUUCCACACGCUGCUCGAGAGCCUCGAGGUCGCCCAGAGCAGCCGCCACCAGCAGGGCGCCGGCUCGUCGUCGGGCCUCGAGGACGACGAGUUCAUCCAGUACCCCGUGCGCCUGGAACAGGCCUUGAUGGAGGGCAGCUACGACCGCGUCUGGGGCGAGACCAAGAGCGAGCGCGUGCCGAGCGAAGAGUUCAGCGUCUUCUCAAAUGUCCUCGUCGCCACCAUCCGUAACGAAAUCGCCUCUUGCAGCGAGAAGGCAUACCCCUCGAUCCCCAUCACAGACGCAAAGUCGCUCCUCUUCCUCGACAGCGAGGGUGCCGUCAUCGACUUCGCCAAGAGCCGAGGCUGGUCUGGCAAGGACGGCCGCAUCUACUUCCCCCAGCAGGAGCAGGAGAACCUCAGCCAGGAGAAGGACGUCAUGCAGCUGAGCGGCCAGGUCAUUGAGAACACGCUGGGCUACGCGAGGGAGCUGGAGACGAUUGUUUGA